AGUGGGUUUAAUUUUUGUUUUUGUAGACAUGGAUCCAGCAUUGUUGAAAGAAAGGGAAUUGUUCAAGAAGCGUGCCCUUUCCACUCCUGCGGUAGAAAAACGGAAAGUGCACAGCUCCUCAAGUUCUGGCUCCAAAAAGAAGAAACUAAGGCCAGAUCAGGGAGGUGGCUCAAAACCCAAUUCAGAAAAUGGAUCGUUCUCAUACAGGUCACUUCCAGGAAGCACUGGGUAUAAAUUUGGAGUUCUUGCCAAAAUAGUUAACUACAUGAAGACCCGCCACCAGCGUGGAGAUACCCAUCCAUUGACAUUGGAAGAAAUUCUCGAUGAGACUAAACUCCUGGACAUUGGCAUGAGGCAGAAACAAUGGUUAAUGUCUGAGGCAUUACUAAGUAACCCAAAAAUCGACGCAACUGAUGGGAAGUAUGCCUUUAAACCCAAAUAUAACUUGAGAGAUAAAAAAGCUCUCUUAAGGCUGUUGGACAAGCAUGAUCAGCGGGGUUUGGGAGGAAUCCUCUUGGAAGACAUAGAGGAAGGAUUGCCAAAUGCACAGAAAGCUAUAAAGGUAUUGGGGGACCAAAUAGUUUUUGUGACACGACCUGACAAAAAGAAGAUUCUCUUCUACAAUGACAAAAGCUGCCAGUUCACGAUGGAUGAAGAAUUCCAGAAGCUGUGGAGAAGCAUUCCAGUGGAUUCUAUGGAUGAAGAGAAGAUUGAAGACUAUUUGAAAAGACAGGGCAUUUCUUCAAUGCAGGAGACAGGACCAAAGAAGUUGUCUGUUCAGAAGAGGAAAAAGUCUGCUUCUCAAAGAAAAAGGAAAUUCAAGGCACAUAAUAACCAUAUGGCAGGCAUACUGGAAGAUUACUCUGAGGGAGUAGCUGGCAAAGAGUAGCAGGACUGAAAGAGGAAGUGGAAUGAUACUUGAAGAUGAACUGAAUAAUGCACCAAAGGUGUUGUGAUAGAAGAACAGUGCCAGAAGACUGCUGUAGCUUUUCUAUUGAUAUUCUUUCGUUCUGUUACUUAAAUCGAAUGCUUUUUGUUGCGUCUUAUUAGAAAGUUUUGUGAAACCAACAUUACUGAUUCUGGAGUGACCUUAUAGGGUUUGGACAAAAAAAACUCUUGUUUCUCUUUUUGGAACGAUUGCUCAGUAAAAUGUGAUCCCUGCAUCAGAUCUCUUUCUGUUGGAACUCUGAAGUGCUUUUGUGGAGUGUUGUACAAUAAAAGUAAGCAUUUAUUAUAUGAGAA